CCCCUAAAACGACUCGAGGUGGCGCGGCGCACCCCAACAAACUCGCUCGCCCCCCUUCCUCCUCCCCACGCCGCGGCGGCCGGUCCCCUGCCUCCUGAUCCCCGUGCGCGUAUUCGCCCGCAUCGGCGGCCGACGACACCGGUUCGGCCGCGCGCCGGAGACGCGCACGGCGGCGAGGAAGGGGCCAGCGGCAUCUCCUCCAUUUAUUGUUCCUCUCGCGGGGCGGCGCCUCCUGUGUGUAGGCCUGGGGGCGGGCCCAUGGCGGCGGCGGCGGCGGCGGCGGAUACCCCGGAGGCGUCCGCGGCAGGGAUCGCGCUCGCGGAGGCCAACAUCCACUGGGAGAGGUUGGACAAGACGAGGUUUCAUGUGAUCGGCGCAGUCCUGUUUACAGCCCAGCAAGGUGCUCUGCACCCAACAGCUGUUGUGAAGACUAGGAUGCAGGUUGCUGAAGGGGGGCUUGCACACAUGUCUGGAUUUGCUGUUUUUAGGAGGAUAUUGAGAAGCGAUGGCAUCCCUGGUGUUUUCAGAGGCUUUGGCACCUCUGCAGUUGGAGCUCUACCUGGGCGAGUACUUGCUCUAACAUCACUGGAGGUCUCCAAAGAAAUGACAUUUAAAUACUCAGAACGUUUUGAUAUGUCAGAGGCAUCAAGAAUUGCUUUAGCAAAUGGCGUGGCAGGCCUAGUGUCGAGUAUCUGUUCAAGUUCAUAUUUUGUGCCUCUAGAUGUGAUUUGCCAAAGGCUCAUGGUUCAAGGAUUGCCAGGUAUGCCAACCUAUCGAGGCCCAUUUGAUGUGAUAAACAAGGUUGUCAGGAUGGAAGGGAUCCGGGGGCUUUACAGAGGUUUUGGAAUCACGAUGUUGACUCAAUCUCCAGCUUCUGCCCUUUGGUGGAGUGCAUAUGGUGGUGCUCAACAUGCUAUCUGGAGGAGCUUGGGUUAUGGAAAUGAUUCGCAAACAAAACCAUCUCAGUCAGAACUUGUUGCUGUCCAAGCAACAGCAGGAACAAUUGCCGGUGCUUGCUCGUCAAUUAUUACCACACCAAUAGAUACCAUCAAGACACGUCUUCAAGUUAUGGACAACUACGGUAGUGGCAGGCCAUCUGUCAUGAAAACUACCAGGCUGCUGCUAGACGAAGAUGGCUGGAGGGGUUUUUAUAGAGGUUUUGGACCAAGGUUUCUUAACAUGUCUCUUUGGGGCACAUCAAUGAUUGUGACUUACGAGCUCAUAAAGAGGCUCUCAGUGAAGUCGGAAUAAUACUUUUUUGACUUCUUUCCGAACAGAGGUUAUUAGUUCAAGAUCAUCUUUACCAAUACAGGCUAUCUAGUGAGUUGCUGCAUGAAAAGUAUCAGCGAGUAUUAUGAUCGAGUAGGAUGCUGAGCUACCACGUAGUUCAUUAGUUUCAUAACAUGCUUCUUCUGUAUGAGACUUGCAAUGUAUAUAUAUGCGCUAAAGGCUAAAGGCUUUCAGGAUGUUGUAGCCAGCCUCUCUCUAGUGUAAUGGAAACAGGCCCACAGGCUUGUUCUGGCUAAUGGGGCACCUUUUUCGCUGUACCUGUUAAUGGUUCAGCAAAUUUUUGGCAACAAAUUUAGCAUCCUUUUUGCUCAAUGACAAUUCUCCAGUUGUAGCUCCUGCUGUUUACGUCCUAGUUGGAAUCUACCAAGACUGUUCGUUAUAUGUAUAUCUUA